GCCCAGAUAACAUUAGUCUUGCGAAGAGUGUUUGCAGCUGAGCACAUCAUAAGAAAGUGCUUCGGUAACUUCGGUUCUUGCCUAAAUGGGGAGAUUUUUCAUUUUAAAGCUUUUAGCAAGUAUCUUCAUUCUCACAUUAAGCUCGGCCACUCCGAGGCAUCACAGAGUAGCCCGCGCUUAUGGUUACGUUCCACCGUAUCUGCCUGGAUUGAACAGGGUGACGUCGGAUCCUUCUGUUAGAUAUGAGGAGCUGACUUUAGACGAGACCAGAAUGAUGCAUAAUUCUCCGACGCCGAGCACCCCAAUAUUUGACUGGAAUGCGCAAGACGUUGGUUACUUCAAUAAAGUGAGCACAGUUGCACGGGGAGAGAAAGGUAUGUCAACACCUUGGCUGUACUUCCACAGACACAGACCUCAGUUUCAUACCAGGUCUAGCCGCAUGUAUGGGAAUAAUAAUGACUUUCCAUAGAGUAUGAUGUGGGUUUUGAAAGUGAUAAUUGCAAAAAAUAUGUUGUAAGAAUUUAAAAAAAAACUUACAUUUAUUUAUCUAUUGUGAUGCAAUAUGGAUUCCUACUAGAUUUAGUAAAAAAUAAAUAACUAGAAAUGUUUUGAAAAACUGUGCUUCAGUUUGAUUAUUUUUGGUAUGUAGAAAUCAGUAUUUAAAUAUUGUUUUUGUUCUCUUAAGAAAUUAAUUUUGAGAAAAAUAAAGGCCAUGUCUUGAGAAAUAUGUUUAUGAUAUGGUUUUUUAU